AUGAUGGCAUUCCAAAACCUUGCGGAACUUCCCUCUGGUACUGAAGACGCGAUGGAGACCAGCGAGUUCGAUCGCGAUUUCGAUCGAGAAGAGGACAUAGACAUAGACCUUGAAUUUGCGAAUGACAGGCUUCAGCCACAGCCCGAACCUGAUCAAGAAAUGCAAGAGGAGCUCGACAGACCGCCUGAACUACCAAGGUCUAUCAUAUUUGGAAGUGGUGGUACAGAUACCCUGAUGGAAGACGACGCGUACGCGGAGCGGACUUCUGAAGCCGAUUCUGUACAUGACGAAGUCAUUCAGGAUGCAGAAACUGAAAUUGUUGUCCCAAACGAAGACGUUAUUGAAGAUGAUCUUGAAGGAAACGAAGAAAACCAUGAUGACCAGGAUUUGACCUUGCAAAUGCAAGGUGACAUAGUGGAACAGUAUGAAAGAAACGAUACGGAUGAAGUACUAGAGCAUGUGGAUGAAGACACACGACCGGGCAAUGCCAGUUCCCAUGUCGAUCAAGAAACCUCGAGCAAUGCUGAACAAGAGUCGCAUCAUAAUGUUAAUGAAGGUGAUCCGGAGAAUUCUGCGAUAGACCCUGACAGAGAGGCUACCCCCUCAGACACACUGGAUGAGGAAGCGGCCAGUGUUCCUACUGUGAAGCAAGAGGAUGUUCCGGAGCCGAACUAUGACGAUGGUGCAGGUCAAGAGAAUCAUGAAUUUGUUGGCCGUGAUCACAGGGAAGAAGCAAUCGCUCAGAAUUCAACACUUGACCUCAUUCAGGAUGAACUCUUUGAAGACAAAGAGCUUGAAUUUCUUCACCCGAUCUAUAUCUAUUAUCAAGAUGAAGAGGACGAGAUUUAUCUUUUCGAGCCAAGGCACCAAGACCGGGAGAAUACACGUACCUUCCUUCUUGGCGACCAAACUCUUUUCUACGAAGCAAUUGAGGUGAUGCUUCACGCAUGCAGAAAGGUCCUCAAAGAUAACAUUGGCGAGGACGAUGAAUUGGAGAUGUCUGUAGACGGCCUUGACUUAAAGUUCAGUGAGUCAACCGUAAUAAAUCCGAGUCUGACAUUUGCAUCGCUGCUCGCUACAUUCACUCAAUUACAUAGAAAUGAUGGCAUUGAUCCACCGCCUUUGUGCGUCCACCUGUAUACAAGGCCGAACUUCUCACGUCGGUGGCAACAGUUGUGUAACGAAGCAAAUGAAGGCAAAGGUUAUUCUGCUGUUCAGGUGGUUGAUAAGAUAACUUUAGCAGAGACCGAGGCAUACCAUGACGGUAAAGACGAAGUUGCAUUGGAAAAUGCCAAUAACGCCAUUCAAGAUGAGGUUUCAAACCCUCAGACCAUAAACUUACAAGAUACAAAGGCUCAAAAUGUCCUUAAGGAAGGCCAAGGGUCGACUGACAAAGAUGUCGAAGGCACUGUUGACUCCACACUCGACCGCGAAAACCAACGAGAUGUAUCCUCGAGGCUGCAGGAACGCCAAGACGAAGACUACGCGGAGACAUCUGUGCAGCCAUCAAAAUUUGAAAGUGGAGACGCACAAGCAUUCAAUUCCCUCGACAAAGAUGACUUGUAUGAGGAAGACGACUACGACUUGGCGGAUGAAGUUAUCGAUCAUGCUGAUGAUAAUGAUAACGGGAAUGAGAGUCCGGAUUCGUCUGCUGAUUCCUCCACCCUGAAAGGUGAGGAUAGCAUGAGUGCCAAGGAAUUUUUGCUAGAAGUAUCUUCUGAGCCUUCAACAAAAUUCGACACAAUGUAUCCAAAUGGGACCAAAUUGUCAUCAGAUGGCCUACAUGCGGAUGGCGAUCAAAGCACUGGAGCCGUCGUUAACGAAGACGAAAAUAAGCAUCCAGAGGAUUUUAGGCAAAUUGAAUUCCUCAAAGUUGAAGAAACUCAAGAUGAUUUAUUCGCUGACAAUGGUGUUUCCACUAACGAUACUGACGCAGUACACGGGAUUAAGUCGUUAAACUCGAUCCUGAAAGAGGUAAACAAUGAAAUAGAUGCGAACGCGGAGGCCGACAUUUUGGCUUCUGAAAGCUCUGACAAAAUCCAACAAGCACCAACAUCGGUUCAUGAUCCGACAGAUUUUUCGAGGAGGCCAGACAGCGAAGCGGAUGUGGCAUCUUCAACUGUUGCCGAAGACGGAGCUUUUCCUCUUGAUGAAAUUGAAGACCCUGAUGAAAUAUAUUCGACCGAACAAGCGAGGGAAAUAAAGAAUGAAACUAGUCUUGCAGGAUUGAAGGGGGACAGCACUGCUUUCUCCUCAGCGGAGGACCAUCAAAACAGAACAGAAGACACAGUGGAUUAUCAUACCCCGAGUAAAUCCAUUCACACCUCAAACAUAGCCGAACCCCUACCAGAGACAGCCCAAGAAGCUUCGCAAGAGGAUGGCAGUCAUACGCAAGAGGAUGGCAGUCAUACGCAAGAGGAUUUGAAUAGACACGACGACCUUGAGCCUCAGCAUAUUGCCGAGCGUGAGCCAAGUCCUAGUCCUGGCUCGCUAAAACGACGUCGAAGCAAGGAUGCAGUGGAUUUCGCAGUAAAUGAUUUAGUUCAAGGUGAGAAUCGUUCUUUACAAAAAACCGGUCAUAUCAUGUGA